CUUGCUUGUACGUGGAAGCAAUGACAACAUUGGCCGAAAUAUAUUCCGUUUCUCGACGCGACAUGCUCGGAGUUUGUUGACACAGAGUUACGCGCGGGGCCCUGAUACGCCGCCUUUAAUAGAACAGACGGUAGGAGAUCAUUUUGCAACAAUUGUGAAGAAAUUCGGAGAUCGUCCCGCGGUCGUUGCUCGCCACCAAAUGGGCCGCUUUACCUACGAUGAGCUUGAUCGUCACAGUAAUGCUUUAGCUCGCGGGCUUCAGUCUCUAUCUGUACGGAAAGGUGAUCGCGUAGCGGUCAUGUUGGGAAACUCUCUCGAAUAUGCAUCGUUGACCUACGCACUCUUCAAAUUGGGGGCCAUCUUGGUACCACUCAACCCUUCUUUUAACGCGAACCAGGUUGUGUCCGCCUUAAGUCACUUGGGAGCAAGUCAUCUGAUUAUUAGUGCCGAAGCAAACUUACCACGUCGUCAACCUCGCGACAAUACACCUCUUAUCAAACAUCUUGUCCCUGACCUCCACGCCGAGUCUCAUGUUCAAUCGGAGUUGAUCCCAUCACUCAAGCAAGUUGUAGUUGUUGACAACUCGGCUGGUCAAUUUGACGGCUCGGCAUACAAAGCUCUUACACCUUUUUCAUCUAUAGUAUCCGACCUACCUGCAGACAGAGAGGCAUUACCGGACCAAGGACUCUCUCCUCAUGAUGUGGUCAAUAUCCAGUUUACGUCAGGAACAACAUCCAUGCCCAAAGCAGCCUGUCUUACUCACCGCUCAAUCUUGAACAACGGUACUCAGAUCGGCGAUCGAAUGCUUCUCACAGAAAAUGACAUCGUCUGCUGCCCGCCACCGCUAUUCCAUUGCUUCGGAUGUAUCUUGGGAUACAUGGCCACGGCAACCCACGGAUCAGCCAUCGUAUUCCCAUCUGAAUCGUUCAACGGCCUCGCUUCGCUCCAAGCCGUGCGAGAAGAACGUUGUACGGCUCUAUACGGUGUACCGACAAUGUUCAUCGAGGAGUUGGGUCUCCUAGAAAAGGGCGAAGUCCCCCACGAUGGAUUUCAAUACUUGCGUACUGGCAUCGCAGCUGGAAGCAGUAUUCCAGCUGAACUUAUGCGCAAACUACACAAGACGCUGAACUUGACUGAGUUGACAAUAUGUUACGGAAUGACGGAAACAAGCCCCGUUUCUGCGAUGACGACUACAGAUGAUCCUAUUGACAAGAGGAUUACGACCGUAGGCCGAUUGAUGCCGCACGUUGAAGCCAAGGUCGUGGACCCGGCUGAUCGUAGUAAGACUCUCCCUAUCGAAACGAAGGGCGAGCUGGCUGUGAGUGGAUACCUACUCAUGAAAGAAUACUGGGAUGCCCCGGAUCAGACAGCAGAAGUUAUGCUCGCGGACGAGAAUGGCAAGAUCUGGAUGCACACUGGCGAUGAAGCAAGCAUGUCCGCCGACGGCUACAUAACCAUAACAGGCCGAAUCAAAGACCUGAUAAUCCGCGGAGGCGAAAAUAUUCACCCUUUAGAAAUUGAGAACUGUCUCCUUGCCCAUCCGGCCGUCAAGGAGGUGUCUGUCGUUGGUGUCCCGGAUGAGAAAUAUGGUGAAGUAGUGGGCGCAUUCGUGGUUAUACACUCUGCUUCCAAUUCACGCGACCAGGAGCAGCGGCACCUUCUCAAAGAAGAGUUGAGGUUGUGGGUGAGGGAGAAGUUGAGUAGUCAUCUAGUGCCGAAAUUCGUCUUCUUCCUUCCAAGCUCAGACGCAUUCCCCAAAACAGCAAGUGGAAAAAUCCAAAAGUUCAGGCUCAAGGAACUUGCUAUUCAGUUGUUGAAGGAGGAGUGAUAGAAUAGGGCGGUACUCUCACUUUAGGCCUUCCAAU